CCUCACAUCCCCGAUAACUUCGUCGUUGACGUCCACGACCUCGCUGCUAUCAUUCUCGAUGCCCACGCUCGGACAGAGCCCCUCUUUCCUCAUGCGCAGCUCGUAGAGAUCAACCACGGCGACGCGCCGCUCGCCACCUUUCCCGAGCAAUUCUUCCACUCUUCCUGGCACGAGAGCGCGGUGCUAGCACGGAAAAGAGUUGCAUACAUCCUCCAGACGGAUUCAUCUGCGCAGGAGCGGACCGCAAUCGACACUUUCGCUACCGCAGAGGGCGUGAAAACCGCUGGUGGUCGCGAACUCACCCGACGCGGGCUCGAAGAUGUGUACUGGCGAUGCAAGGAUUACAACAACGGCUACCUCCUCGCGUACGUCGCCCAACGAGUGUUCGACAGUCUGCCUCCGACCGCGGAACUUCGCGCACGCACUUCCACGAAACACGAGGUGCUCUGCAGGCCGAGCGAGGUGACCGUUGCGGAGAUCGACAUCCGCCCCAAAGAAGCGUGCCUCAUCCUCGUCAAGGAGCCGCGCCCCGACCUCGGGCCUUCGAAGGUUGACAUGGCGCAGCACCUCUCCGGGUUUUCCGAUAGCAUGCCCUGGGUGUUCCUCCUCCUUGGCGAAGCCAUGUCCACCGACAUGGAGGCCGACGCGCGCGUCGUGCUCGACCUCGUCCUCCCCCAGAUCGGCGGGCGCGGCGGAGGUAGCGAACCGUUCGCGCUGGAGCGGGCGAUCGUAUACCACGAGAAGGUACUCGCGAAGGUCGCGGAUGAGUUCGAGCGGUACGAUCUGUCGGGCAAGAUUCGAAUCGCGGAGGAAGACAUCCGCCGCCGCGGGGACGCGCUCGUCGCGCUCCGGCACGACGAAUACAUGGCGCGCGUUCUCCCCCUGUACGCCGAGGUGCACCACGUCGCAGUGGUCACCUUGGGCGUAACGCCCCGCCUGGCCUCGGACGAGAUGCGGGAUCGCGCGGAAGUGCUCGCGGAGGCCGUCGUACACAGGGUCAUCGGGCCUCGUCAGGGAGAGGCGGACUUCUGCAGAUAUUGCGGGGAACCGGGGAUCAUCACUCGCUGCGGGGUGUGCAAGACCUCCUACUUCUGCGAGCCGUGUCACAGGUUGGCCUGGAAGUACCACAGGAAGUGGUGCACCCCGUUCAGAGAGCGCUGAGAUUCGAAUUCCCGUCGUGCCCGGGACUCACAAGUAGUGUGAUGAAAUUGUAUCCACCUUUUAUG